AUGAGUGAAGGGGAUAAAACCAUGUACGGCACGACGCUCUCGCUGGAAUCGAUGAAGGUAAUUGCCGAAAGCAUCGGCGUCGGCAGCCUACCGGAUGACGCUGCCAAGGAGCUGGCGGACGACGUUUCAUUCAAGCUGAAGCAGAUCGUGCAGGAUGCGGCCAAGUUUAUGCACCAUGCCAAGCGGGCAAAACUCUCCAUCGCCGACAUUGACCACUCGCUGAAGGUGCGCAACAUCGAGCCACAGUAUGGGUUCGUGAACCCGGACUUCGUUCCAUUCCGCUUUGCUUCGGGCGGCGGCCGAGAGCUACACUUCGUGGAGGAAAAAGAAGUCGAUCUAACGGACGUCGUGCAGGGAGCGCCACCGAAAAUUCCGCUCGAAACGACGUUGCGCGCUCACUGGCUAGCGGUGGACGGGGUGCAGCCGACGGUGCCCGAAAAUCCGCCUCCCCUGUCGAAGGACGUACAGGCACUCGAUUCGGUCAAUCCGGCGCACAAACUGGAUAAGACGCACCUUAAGGACACGACUGGCAAGCCGGCCAUCAGCAAAACGCACAAACUGAAGAACGUUGAAACGGUGCAGGUGAAGCAGUUGGCCACACACGAGUUGUCCGUCGAGCAGCAGCUCUACUACAAAGAGAUUACGGAAGCUUGCGUCGGUUCCGAUGAGGCACGCCGUGCUGAGGCCCUUACCUCACUGUCCUGCGAUCCGGGAUUGCACGAGAUGCUGCCCCGUAUGUGCACCUUCAUCGCGGAGGGUGUGAAGGUAAACGUGGUGCAGAACAACCUGGCGCUGCUGAUCUACUUGAUGCGAAUGGUUCGCGCCUUGCUGGACAAUCCCGCGCUCUAUCUGGAGAAAUACCUGCACGAACUCAUUCCCUGUGUGUCCACGUGUAUCGUAUCGCGUCAACUGUGUAUGAGGCCGGAAAUCGACAACCAUUGGGCGUUGCGUGACUUCGCAGCCCGGUUGAUGGCGCAGAUUUGCAAAAACUUCAACACCUCCACCAACAACCUGCAGACGCGCGUGACACGCCUUUUCAGCGCAGCGCUGCAAAGCGACAAAACGCCCCUCUCGUCGAUGUACGGCGCGCUCGAGGGUUUGUCCGAACUGGGCACGGAAGUGAUCAAGGUGUUCGUUGUCCCUCGGUUGCGCUUCAUAUCCGAGCGGGUCGAGGUGCUACUGCAGGGCACGACAACCAUCAGCAACACGGACAAGAUCGCCGCCGGUCACAUACGGGCGAUGCUACAAAAGGCCGUUCCCCCGGUUUUGAAGACGCUCCGUAACCCACCGGAUCUGGUGGAAGAGUAUAAGCGCGAUUACGGGUGCUUGGGGCCGACCUUCCACCAGGGCGUCGUGAAGGCUCGUUCCGCGUCCCCGUCCGGUACGAGUGCACCACCAACAACGGCAACAGGCGCACCACAAGCGACACCCUCAUCAGCAUCUUCUGGUUCUGGUGGCGGAGGCACGAUGGCCGCAGUUUCGUCACUUUCGUCCUCGGUGCCAACGUCGGUGGUUAUUACGGGCGCCGUGUCACGACCACAAACCCCGCAAAUAGUGUCCGCAUCGAAAACCAUAGCCGCUACAUCCUCCAUCCAGCGCCAACAGCCGUCGCAAGGCAUUGGGUCAACAAUGGUCACUGCUUCUGCUCCAUCCUUACAGCAGCAGCCGCAAAAGUUUGUCAUCGUUCCGCAGCGCACCAAAAGUCCAUCUCCAUCGCAGGACGAAUUUGUAGGCAUCAUCCAGCGACCGGCCGGCAGUGGACAAUCAUCCUCAAGCAACGUCAUCCACGCGCUACCAACGAACGCCACCGUCAAGCUGGAACCGUCAAGCGUCGUCGUUGGUCCGAACAGUGUGGCAAACGCUCCCACCGCCAACCACCAGAAGGUGCUCAUCAUAAACCCACCACAGACCGGUGGCGUAACGACCGCCAAUCUUCCCCAAAAGCCAACGUACGUUUCCGGCAGUGUGGCACCGGCUGGCAACGUCAGUGGUCCUAGCUCGUCGGGACUGAUGGAACCGAAACCGGAACUGGAUGAUCUCUCGCACUUAGCUUAACGUCGUUAGCGCACGCGUUGUCGUUGGGAGCAACCAAGAACGAACUAAACGAAGCAGAAUUAGACCAACGCCAAUCGAAAGACAAUCGAUGUUCAUGUAUAGGGCUAUAAUUGCAUUAACUAAUAUAUAUUUGACUUAUUUUCUUU